AUGACUCGCCCCUGGCGCACUCGAUACUCUAGACCCAUCUUAGCCGCCUUCCUCAUUUCCUUCUCGGUCGUGCUCUACCUCUCGUUCGACUUCUACGCUUCCCCACUACGUGCGUUGGUCACCCUGGGCCCAUACACGUUGGAUCCUUCGACAACACAACCACAUUCUCCUCAUCCGUCCGCGUACCCUAUAUCCCGACUCAAUAAUAGCAUCCACGACGAAGUUAAACAUACCGACCCACCGCCCCGCAUCCUUCUCGUCUCCGCAUUCUUCCCCCUCUCCAAAUCCAAACACUCGCUAUCCGACUACGAAUCCUGGCUACGCCGCUUCCUAAGCACCGUCCACACCGACCUCUAUUUCUUCUGCCCUCCGGAUCCUACCAUAGUCAGCCUCAUUCGCACAUUCCGUGGGCAUUUACCGAUCGUCAUCGAUACGACGUACGGAUCGCCGUUUGAUGUUCUGCCGCUGCAGGGGCUGGGAGUCGAGGGAGGGAAGUAUGAAAAGAUGCAUGCGUGGGAUAGGGAGGGGUUCCGGCACUCGGGGGAGCUGUAUGCGGUUUGGAACGCGAAGCCCUGGUUUUUGGAGUAUGCGCUGAAGAACGGCGGUGUGAACGGCCCCAUGGCGAACGGGAGUGUGUACGACUAUGCGUUCUGGACGGAUGCGGGGGCGAUGAGAGAGGAUAAUGAUGAGUUGUAUGGAAUGGGGACGUGGCCAGAUCCGAGGAGGGUGCAGGAGGUAUUUGAGAUGGGGAGGCGAGACUUGGCCAGGGUAAAUGGAUUGGGGACGACGGCCACGAAGGAGGACGAGAAGCUGAUAUUCUUCCCUGUCUGGAAUUUGCCCGAUGAUAAGUUCGAGUAUUGGGCGGAGGAUAUGGGCCCUGUCGAUAUUGAUUUCAGCGAGGGUUCCUUCUUCGGCGGUACACCGUCCUCCAUCUCCUGGUACACUCGCACGUUCUACGCCUACCACGACCACUACCUCUCCCAAUCCAUGUUCGUCGGGAAAGACCAAACGCUCAUCAACGCUCUCUUCCUCCUAUAUCCCUCGCAUUUCUUUGGCGUCUCACUGUGGAGUGCUGGUGCCACAUCACCACUAGCUAUCGCACAUAAUCAUAUACCGAGGAACGCGGAUACUCCGUUGGGUACGUGCGGAAACUCGUGGUAUUAUUAUAUGUGGUGGUUGGCGGAUGAGACGAAGAGGGAUGAGAUAGCGGAGAUGUGGUUGGUGGAGUCAGAGAGGAAGGAUAGCAUCAAUGCGAGCGAUGGUUGGUGGAAGUGGAAUUCGAUAUGGAGGCUGAAGGAUUGGUGGAGGGCGCCGAGCGUUAGAACAAAAAUGACCCAAAAUAUCGAUGACGUCGCUUUCCCUCUCCUGGGCAUGCCUCUCCGUCUCCCAUCCACUUCGUAUAAAGCACUUUUCUUCUCUCUCCUGCUACCAUCUACCCGCCUACAUCAACACCCCCACAUCGCACGCUUCACUUCGACGACACUUCCAGCAUCGUCAGCAAUGAGCUCGCUUCCUUCCCUAACCGAAUGGACUCAGUCUCGUCUUACAUCCAUCUAUACCGCCACAUCUCCCGAAACCUUCCACGCAGCUCUUGAUGCAUUCUAUAGUCCGAAUAUUGAUGCGACGGUAAACGACGAGAAGCAGACUAGGGAUAAUAUCAGAGAGAAGAUGGAGGCCAGUUGGAGGUUUGCGGGCAAUGGGUGUGAGGUCGAGUGGAAGGACUGUAAGUGUCAAGAUGAGAAUGAGAAGGAGAACGGGGAAGUGAACGGUUCGUUUGUGGUUACGAGGCGAUCGAAGCUGAGAGUACGAGCGGCCCCUAUGACGCACUACACCACCGUGAACUUCACUGCACGAAUCGACCAAGAUUCUGUCAUUGAAUCCGACUCAGAUGGCGACCGCCGUCGGGUCGUACACCUUGUCCAAACAUCAGAGGACAAGGCUGCACCCAUCAAUUUGAACCCGCGGGCUAUGGGUCAAGCGAUGGAUCGGGGACAGUGAUAUAGGUCGUUCAUGGAUAAACAAACGAAGACCAGGUAUAAGUCGAAACCGAUGAUGUAGGAAGGAUCUACAAGAGUGUUGUUUGCUUGAUUUCUCGAAGAUGGAAGGUGUGGUUGUAAGAGUAUCUGGACGUACGAUGUACGACGGACUUGGGAACGGACCGAGGAUCUGUACUUGUGAAUGUAUGUGUAUGGGUGUAUGAUAUGGCUUUUCGCUUGGUG